AAAAGGGGACCAAAAGAUGAAUCAUCUGUUUGGUUGGUCGUCCGUUGAGAUCAAUGUUUUUAUAAAAAAAAUGUUAACCAAUGUUUCUUUAGUAAUUGGGAUGCUAUGAAGGCUUCUAUAAAGACCCCCAAGAUUGCUGAACAACUCUAGGAAUUCUAGGAUUGAUUGUGCUUUUUGUCAUCGUCUCUUCCCACGGGUGGGCUUCAGAUGGUGAGGGACAUUCUAGAAAUGGAAGACUCAAUCCGACGCAGAUACAGAAAGACAAGUUUCAGAAUUUUGGAUGAUGGAAGACGGUGGUGGUGGUGGAUGGCAAUGGUGGUUUGUAGAGAGGAGAAAGGAAGAACUAAAAUGAGAAGAACAGAAUAUAGGAGGGGGGUAGGAGAGCAGAUUUCUCUCCUUCCACCAAUCACAAUGGACCACAUGGUCCAAGUCUUAUAGCCUUACCCAUUCCAUCCAAAUCUUUCUAUUUCUUUCAAUUUGGUUUUUCUUCCACC